AUGAAAGUUCUUAUUACUGGAGCCGGCGGUUUUGUCGGCCAGAUCCUGGCAAAAAGACUCGUCGAAACAAACACCGCCGAUGCACUCAUCUUAGCCGACGUUAAUCCACCUCCAAAUCCAACAUCGUCGCAAAGCGUACAAUGUACGGCGGCAGACCUCACUUCACUAUCAGCUUGCGAGGACCUCAUCGCUCAAGAACCAGAUGCUGUGUAUAUUCUCCACGGCAUCAUGUCGAGCGGUAGCGAAGCAAACCUCGAGCUAGGCCUAAAAGUUAACUUUGAGUCUGUGCGCCAACUACUAGACACAAUUCGGACCAAGCGACCAGGGAUCAAAGUGGUGUUCACCUCUUCUUGCGCAGUUUUUGGUCGAAAGGCAGUGGAGAAUGUCGCAACAGAGACGGAUAUCGUGCCGAUGCCCGAGUCCAGCUAUGGCACUCAGAAGCUCAUGAUUGAGUUUCUCCUCAAUGACUACUCGCGACGCGGGCUCAUUGACGGACGUGUCGUUCGUCUACCGACUGUCUUUGUGAGAGCCGGCGCACCUACUGCUGCAGCUUCGUCAUUCGUCUCGGGUAUCAUACGUGAGCCAGUACAUGGGCAGGAGUCGGAGUUACCAGUCGACCCAAGUAUUGGUAUCUGGCUUACUUCGCCGCGCACGUUGGCGACAAAUCUCGUACAUGCUAUCAAGGUACCAGCGGAGAAGUUCGGGCACUUCAGGCAGGUACUGCUACCAGGUUAUACAGCUACGAGCGGAGAGAUCUUGGAUGCUCUAGAAAAGGUCGCGGGUAAGGAGACAAGAGCUUUGGUAAAGGAGAAAAGGGAUGAGACGACACAGAGGAUCGUAUUAAGCUGGCCGGCGAAGUACGACACUGCGAGAGCGAGAGAACUGGGUUUUAGUGAAGACGUUGGGCUUGAACAGACGAUUCGCGAUUUCAUUGAUGGAGAGAAGCAAAAAGCGUAA